AUGGGCAAAAAGCGGGUGCUUGUCAGCUAUGGAGUUCAUGUCGACGCUGUUGCGGGCUGGCUUGGCUCUUAUGGCGGAGAGGACUCAACAAACGAUAUAAGCCGAGGCAUUUUUGCCGGUACCGUGGGCACACAGCGGCUGCUUAAGCUCUUUCGCAGCUAUGACAUCAAGACCACUUGGUUCAUUCCUGGGCACAGCCUCGACUCGUUCCCGGAAGACAUGAAGGCCGUGAGAGACGCUGGUCAUGAGAUUGGCUUGCAUGGCUACUCCCAUGAGAACCCGACCGCCAUGACGAUAGAGCAACAGCGCCAAGUGUUAGAUAAGACGUACCGCCAGCUUGCCGAGUUUACCGGCAAACCGCCCAGGGGUAGUGUCGCACCAUGGUGGGAAACUAGCCGCGAAGGUGCCCAGCUUCUGCUGGACUAUGGAAUCGAGUAUGAUAGUAGCAUGAGCCACCACGACUGUCAGGCAUACUAUUUGCCCGUGGGAACGUCUUGGACCAAAAUCGACUAUUCCAAGAAUGCCGAAUCAUGGAUGAAACCUCUUGAUAUGGGGACCAGCACGGGCUUGGUCGAGAUUCCAUCGAAUUGGUACUUGGACGACCUGCCGCCGAUGAUGUUCAUCAAGAAAGCACCCAACAGUCAUGGUUUUGUAAACGCUCGAGACGUCGAGGACAUCUGGCGCGAUCAUUUCGACUACUUUUACCGCGAAUACGACGAGUUCAUUUUCCCUGUGACAAUCCAUCCAGAUGUGUCUGGCCGACCGCAUGCUUUACUCAUGCAUGAGAGACUGAUUGAAUACUUCAAAAAGCACGAGGGAGUUGAAUUUGUGACAAAUGAAGAAAUUUGUGAUGACUUCAAAAGCAAAAACAAACCUGCGCCAGGAGCCAUAAUGCCGGCAGAGCGAGGCGCUAUGUUAAGAAAGGGCGCAUGA